UCGCUCACGCUCGCUUGCUCUUGGCAGCGCGCGCGCCCUAUACAAUGUUAAUGGCAAAAUGGCGACAAAUCCGCGAGCCUCGAUUCUUGAUGUAUCUCGAUGACGCCUUGGCGGUCGACCUAGAGGCUUUUCAUGUAAGGGUUCGGAACGGCCCUGGCCAUUUGUCGCCCGAGCGGAAGUGCCGUGGAGGCACGACUACCGGCGUCCUUCUCGACCGCGAGGGAUGACCGGCUCUUCACGGAUACGUCCGUGGCCAAUGGAAGCGUCGGACCCCGCGAGUCGCGAGCCUCCCAUUGUGAGACAUAACCUCAACGGUGCGGCGAACGCCCCUGCCGGCGAUGUCGCCAACAGCUUUCGAAAUAACCCGCGGCUCCAUCGACCGCUCGCCUACCCGGAUACCCCCGUUAUCCGUUCCACUAUUAAUUACGCGCAGUGCUCGAUAUUAAUUGCUACUUGCAAAGCCGCCUACUCUAAGGUAGCAAUUUCCCGUACUUGAGCUCUAGCGUCCUCAAGACAAGAGAGCACCGCCUACUUUCUAUCUUUAAUAGAUACCUUGCACAAAGAGAAUCCAAGAUUCUUUGAAGACCGGAGCAUUCGCGAUCGAACUCGUCGUUCGAACAGACGCUCCGCAACAUUAAAGAUGCAGAAGUUUGGCGCGUCGACGAAUUUCGACGACUACAUCUUCCUUAAUCGAUGGGCACUGACUUUUUUAGGCAUGUGGACGAUCGACAACAGAUUCGAUCAUGGAGUUGCCAAGAUCCUGCAUCGGCUCCACAUAACUUUCCUCUUCGUCUUAAUGCUACUGCUAAUUAUUCCUCAGUGGCUGGAUCUCUAUAUCUUCUGGGGCAACAUAAAUGCCAACGCCGAGACCGUCGUCCUUAAUGUAUUCACAAUAACCGCAAUUCUCAAACUAUUGUGCUGCAUUCUCACGGCUAAUGUUUUUAAUGAUGUCCUAAUGUCAUUAAAGUCAGAUUGGAAUGAGACAAUGGAUACGUCAAAUCCCGCUAAAGAAAAACACCGAGAGAUACUUUUAAAAAUGGCGUCCAGUGCCUUCAAUUAUACAAAACAAUACGCUUUUAUAAUGUACGUUACAGCAUUAUUAUACUUCAUUUCCCCAUUUGUUGGAAUGCAGCCAGGCGACUUGCGAAUAAGGAAGUAUCCUUUCUUCGGGUGGUACCAUUUCGACAGAUUCUCCAAUUUAAAUUACGGGAUUUGUUACGUUUCACAGGUAAUGAGCGGAACCGUAGUCGGUACAACCAAUUUUGCCAUGGACAGUAUUUUCCUAGUUAGCCUUUAUCAUCAUAGCGCUCAACUCCAAAUUCUUCAACACGACUUGGCUGAACUCGUAUCAGCGGGAUGCAACUCAGCCAAUGUAAUCAACAACUUAAUUAAAAAGCAUCAAAAAUACAUUAGGAUUUCGCAGAUGCUUCAGGUGAUAUUCAAUGGUUCGAGCUUGCAGCAGCUGUUAAUCAGCUGCGUAAUCAUCUGCGUCAUCGGAUUAAAACUAAUAAUAGCAUUGGAAGAUGGUGGUUACGAAAGUUUAAUUUACAUAAUGUUUAUGGGACUCGCCCUAUUACAAAUUUUAUUAUAUUGCCAAUCGGGCGAUGUACUAAUAUCAGAGAGUUUACAGGUUGGAUAUGCUACCUAUCAAUCUCCUUGGACGUCUGUCAAUUUAUCAUCGAUUCGUAGCAUAUCAUUGAUGAUUUUGCGAUCUCAAAAGCCACUAACGAUAUCCGCAGGAAAAAUUUAUGUUCUAUCUCUACAAAAUUUUACAAUGGUAACAUAAUUAUAGAUUACAUAUCAUAUUAAGAAGUUACAGUCAUCUACAAAAUAUUGAGGAGCUUUAAAUGAUGAUC